AUGACAACAAGUGUUGGGGAAACUGAAGUCAGGCAGGAAGUAGUAAUCACCACGAUUGUACCUCUCACAGAGUGUUUCUCUGGAGAUAAGUGUAACGUUGUGGACUUCAGACUGCUCGACCUUGUGGGACUCCGUGUUGCUAUAAACUCCCUGGAACCGCCUCAGAACAUCUGUGUUGUACUUGAACUGUGUGACAGUUUCCACGACCCUAUAGCCGCUGGACGUAUAAUCGGUUUGUUUAACUUCCAGGAGGAUUGUAACUCCAGAAAGUGCAAUGUUGAUGAGGUUUGUUACACUGAGUCAUGUGGUCCAGGCGGUGACACGUGUAAGAAUCACGUGGCAAUCAUUGGACCGGGGACUCCCCGUGAGGGUAAAUCAGUAGCGGACAUCGCUGCGGCGCUAGAGUUACCCCAGCUUCUCUACAGUACUGGAAGUAAUUUCUCUGAUCCCCAGAGGUUGGAAUACCUCCAUCAACUGGCGCCCCAGUACCAGCUACAGGUGAAUAGAAUUGUGGAGAUCAUCCAACAUAUGGAAUGGAGGUACGUAGCAAUACUAGCCACGGCUGACACCUACGGAAGUAUUGGAUACGAGCUCCUCAAGAAAAGGUUGGAGGAAAUUCCGAGCAGGGAUAAUGAGGUCGAGAAGAACUGUUGUCUCCAGUUUUCAACUAAAAUGGUUACGUUUAAAAUGGAUAUCGGCGAUAUAGAAGCUCAGUUGAAAGUCCUGGAGGACAGAGUGAAGGUUCUUAUCAUGUGGAUGGAGGGAAAGUAUGCGACCAGAGUUCUGGAUUAUUUCAAGAGAUCAGGUAGAACUGAUACCGUUUAUAUAGCACCAGACGGUUGGUCGGUAAACACUCAGAUUUUACAAAAAUACGAUAACCUCCUGUCUGGCCAUUUUAUCGGUCUGUUUCCGGACUUUGGUGAGAUCGUAGAUACAAACUCAUUGAUACACUCGGACGAUUUUUAUGGUGAAUCAUGCCAUCAGUUUUCAGUCUUGGAUGAGAAGAAAUGCAAGCGUGCAAGGAGUUUGAUCAAGGAGUCUCAAGUUUAUGGAUAUGCUGGAGGGGUCAUUGCAUCUUUGAGGGCUGUUUAUAAAGCACUGAACACAUCAGAUGCAAUGAAUACUGACUUCAGUUUCGGAAAAUUACGAAAAAAUAUGAAUCUUCACUUGAAAACUGAAGCAAAGGCAAGAUAUGGAGAAGAGGGAGUAAAGGUGUAUACCUUACCAAGGAAGAGUAACACACUCAAGCUAGCAACUGAUAUGACGUCAUAUCCACGAGGAAUUAUUUCAACUUGCAGUGACCCGUGUGCCAUAGACCAAUACCGAGUCCUCCUGAAGAAAUCUCCUCGCUGUUGUUUCUCUUGUAAGACAUGCCCGUCCAACAGCAUUGUCAACAGAAGUCGGGGACAUGAAAAAUGUGAAGAAUGUUCUUCGUGUCUGCGACCCAGUCUCAACAGAUCAACAUGUGUUUCCAAAGAGGUAGAGAAGUUCUCCAUUCUUAACGGCGAUUCUUUUAGCGUGGCGGUAUUUGUAGCCAGCUCAGUUGGGAUAUUCUGUAAUGGCUUUGUGAUGGUAACUCUGAUCAGGAACUCCGGCACACCCAUAGUCAAAGCCUCGUCUCCUCAGUUAUGUUACAUCAUGUUGGUGAGUCUGAUGGUGCUCCUGACAGCCCCUAUUCUCAUGGUAUCGGGUCCUGGGGACACCACGUGUCCACUACAACGGUACAUCAUUGGUUUGGGAACUGUCAUACCUUUAGCUGUGCUCUUCGCUCGUACAAACAGGAUUAAUGUGAUAUUCAAUAGACGAUCACUGCUGACUAGCCAACUUCAAAAAAUGAUCAUGAGCAUAAAAUAUAACAUUCUUUUAGUGGGCAUCUUUGCAGCAAUUCAGUUAGGUAUCUGUCUAGCACUGCACAUCUACCACGAAGAAAAGGUAAACAACCAAACACUGCACGUUAAAACUCUGUGCAGUCUUGAUGUUGGCGAAAACAACUUCAUGAUGUGCAACGAACACAGAAUGGAUUUGGUUUAUUUGUGGAUUGGAUAUGUUUGCGCCAUGAUACUGGCAACUACUUGGUUCGCCUAUAAGACCAGGAGACUGCCCACUAACUUUAACGAAGCAAGGUAUAUCUGUCUGGUAAUGUUCGUCAUCAUCGUGUUAACCAUCUCCACAAUCUCAACCUACAUCAUGCUCAGCAGUCGGAAGAAUAUCAUGUACCAAUGUUGGAGCAUCAUUAUUGCCGUCUAUUCUAUCCUGGGUGUUAUCUAUGGACAGAAAAUGUACGUUAUAUACAUCAUUCCGGAGGCAAAUAUAAACUGUGAUACGAACAUAGCAAUGAAGAAAUUCAUCAAACAAGACUCUGAUCAGAAAAACAAUUCCAACAGCAGUUACUCUCAACUACUCAUCCGACAUCCCAGACAUCAGCCUACGGAAACAAGCCAAAUCAGUCAAUCUCUAUUAGAUUCGACUAGGACUAGAGAAGCAAAUGGAGACAGUCCAACUACACCGCUCUCUCCUCUGAGAGAGAACGGUUCAUCUGAUACUAAUAACCAUCCACCAACUGAGAGAACCGAUAGUUCGAGCAGUAACGGGGAAAAGAAGAUGACAGUGGCAGAAAAGAGGGCUCGGUUCCGCAAGGGAUACGUCAGAAAGGGAAGACUAGCAAAGACGAUGUCGGAGGAAAGAGAGAACAACAGACUUCUUGUAAGAGAUGAGCGGAUUGUAAGCGUCAAGAACGAGAAAUCUUUCCAGUCAAAUUCAAUGUCAUCAGCUGACAAUAUGUUCAGUUCUUCAGUUACUGAGAGUCUUACUUCUCUUAACAGAUCAGACCCUGCUUUUAUUGAAGUGUAA